AUGACUUCGAGUUCACGAAUAAAAGGUCCGAUUUCACUGGGAAAGAAUCCUGACAUUAUUGAAGUGGGUUCGAGUUCACGAUCCAAUACUCGUAAAGCUAGGGAGAGAAGUCCGUCAAGGCAAUUCAUAAGGUACAAUGUAGUCGUAGGAAAAGGGAGCUCGAAGGUAGUUUACGAGGCGUUGGAUACAUUUAAUGGUGUACUAGUUGCUUGGAACAAGAUUAUGGUGACAAAUGCAGACUUAAAGAAAAAUGGAAGAAUUGAAAAUUGUUGUGGAGAACCACAAUUGUUGCGAACGUUACACCACGAGAAUAUAAUCAAGUGUUAUUGUUAUUGGAUCAGUAAUGAUCGUAGAUUCAUUAACAUGAUUACUGAUCUUGCUCCUUCUAAGAGUUUGAGUAAUUACAGAAGGUCACAUGAACUUGUUGGUAAUGUUACUGCAAUCAAGGGUUGGUGUAGGCAGAUUCUAAGCGCGUUAGAGUAUCUUCACAACCGUACUCCCAUGAUUUUACACCGCGAUGUUAAGGGUGACAACAUCUUAAUUGAUGGGGUCUCGGGCAAGAUUAAGCUGGCAGAUUUUGGUGUCGCAGUACCUUAUGAAGGCGAAACUGAUAAUGUUGCUGGUACACUCGCGUACUUGUCAGCAGAGGAUUUGGAGGGUGAACAGAAUGAGAAGAGUGAUAUAUACUCGUUUGGGAUGUGCGUGCUACAGAUGAUGACUAAGGAAGCUGUAUACAGCGAAUGCAGAUCACAAUAUGAACUUUUUGCAAAGAUUAAGUCGGGUGUUAAGCCGGAUGCUCUGUACUUUGUGCAAGAUAGAAUGGUUAGGAAGUUCAUUGAAAAGUGUCUGGCUGAGGCGUCUAAGAGGCCCUCGGCAAGUGCUCUCUUGAAGCACCCUUUUCUUGCUGAGACGACGAAACUAAAAUGGUUGAAGUCAUUACGGAGGCUGUCAUUAACUCGAAGGAGCAGUUCCUAG